UCUACUGCUUCCCCGUUUCCUCUGUUAACGAAUAGCCGCAACACAAACAGAUGACGGAACAUGGAAGCAGUCCGCAGUACAGAUGGCCACAUAGUCGAGCUUGAUGUUUAUUCGGGACACUUUGUGGAUGAGCUGAUGACUCUAAACCAGCAGCCAUUUUCAGGUGAACCUGUAUGUUGCUCCAGCCAGUUCUAUGUAUGAGUCUGUUUUGCCACUGGAAUGGGGGAAUCGCUUUGUCCUGUACUGUCUAGUGGUAGAAUAUAAAUGAUGAUGGCUGAUGGAUGUUGCAGGGGAAUGGAAAGAGGCAGAAGUAAGACUGCAUCCGAUCCUCUACCAAGACACCCUUAUCUCCAGCAGUACAUCCAGACCGGAGCACAGCAACAGGGGAAUGACAUCCAGGAAUUGGCCUCUAAACGCGUCGACAUCCAGAAGAAACGUUUUUAUCUGGAUGUUAAGCAAAGUGUUCGCGGCCGCUUCCUGAAAAUAGCCGAGGUGUGGAUCGGGAAGGGUCGUCAUGAUAACAUCAGGAAGAGCAAGCUGACUUUGUCCAUGUCCAUGGCUCCUGCUCUUCGCUACAGCCUGGGAGACUUUAUAGAUUACUAUGCGCGUAUCGGACUGAGGGGGGGUCUGGCCCCUCAGCUGGCCGAGGAGCACAGCAGCAGCAACGGUCAGAGCCGCAGGAAGGCGCAGGAGCAGCACGCCAUGCUGUCUCCCACCGGCUCCGUGGGCUCCGACAACCAUACCCACCGCGUCCUCAAGAGCGAAUCCAUUGAGAGGGACAACAGAAAGUACUUUCUGGAUCUGAAGGAGAACCAGAGAGGCAGGUUCCUCCGGAUUCGGCAGACUGUCAGCAAAGGCCACGGCACGAUGGGCUACUACGGCCAGGGCAUCGAGCAGACCAUCGUGCUUCCCGCUCAGGGACUCAUCGAGUUCAGAGACGCCCUCUCCCAGCUGAUCGAAGACUACGGUGACGAAGAGAUGGACGACCACGACCGAACCGGCUCCAGGAACCGCAUCGACAACCCCGAGCUCCCCGAGGCUGCAUCUUUUCGCGUGGACAACAAAAGGUUUUACUUUGACGUGGGUUCGAACCGGUUCGGUGUUUUUCUGAAAAUCAGCGAAGUGCGCCAGCCGUACAGAAACACCAUCACGGUUCCGUUAAAGGCCUGGGCCCGGUUCGGGGAGAAUUUCAUCAGGUACGAAGAGGAGAUGCGGCGGAUCUUUUCGUGUCACAAGGAGAAGCGGACAGAAGGCCGGCAGGACAGCGGGGAGCAGCAGGACUGAGCCCCGCUGCGGGCCGCCUGCACCGGACGGAGAACCGGAGCGCGGCAGACACCCACCUGCUAUGUACUGCAAUGACUGAGCGGCUGAACGCCAAGGGCUGGUAACCUCCAACUAAUACCCUGCCAAGAAGUCAUUCAUUCAUAGCCUUUUACCCACACCAGUUUUCAUUUAGCCGUGCUGUAUAAUGCACUUUACCCGGGUCUGUUUAUGAGCCCUGAGUCCAUCUUUUCUUUUUUCUUUCAAACCCACCCCUUGCCUUUUAAAUUUGAAAGUGCACUGCAGAAACAAGAAACAGUGGCGUAAUAUUACUGAUGAUAUACCUAAAACUUAACGCUUAACAGUUUUGAUGGAGUAAAAAUGCAGAAAAUCCUUUUUAAAAAAAAAAAAAAAAUCCUCAAAAUUAGUUCAGUUUGAUGAAAAAAAAAGUUUAAGAAGUUGCACAACAGUGACAAGGUGCAUUUAAUUUCAUUUGUAUUUUAGCUGCAUCAUGUUUCAAGUUGGUGGGGCGUGCUAUAGGCUACACAUCCGCAGCAUCAAAUAGUGCUUUCAGCCACACUGGACCAACAGAGAUGGAGAAAGUACUGAAGAAUGAUGUGAAGAACCUCUCCCAGUUACAGCACCUGUUGGAAUAAACAAACCUGCACCUGAACACACCACAGAGACGACUUCUAGAUCCCAGCCAGGACAAAUAACCGAAACCUGUGCAAGGGCUCAUAAUUCUCCAUUAUUUCCAAUUAAUGUUUAGACAAUGUUCAUUUUGUCUGGUCCUCCUCCAUGUGGAGACAUUUGACCCUUUUCCUGCUCAACAUGCACAAAUGUAGUGACGACUUCUAAUCCAUAGAAAUGAUUCCUUCAUGUGGAGAGCAUGAAGAAUAAACUACAUAUUUACAGCAUCAAACAACACUGCUACAGGAAGUUAGACGAGAGAAAAAAUAGUUCAUCCAGAGGUGAUUUAAAGUCUCGAGCCGCCCAUCAUUUCUUUGUCUGUUACCAAGAAAACGGGAAAGGUGAAAAUUCCC